AUGGCUGCCCAUCUGGCCAAAGCAGUCGGCGCCCAAGCCUUGUUGACCGACUUCCACCUGGCAUCCCAGUUUCGGUUUCCCACACAGAUCGAGGAUGCAGUGGCCACGUUGAAAUGGCGGCUAGGACGGGAUAUCGAGGCUCCAGUUUCAGGUCACGAUAGGGGAUUACCCGCUAGACGGCCGAAGCACAGAACGCUGGAGCCCGGUCUCCUCGUCGCCAGCGCCACCAGUAAUGCCGGCUUGGUUGACGGCGUCGGGGCCGAUCUCGGCCUGGUCCAGAGCCCUCUUGAACGAGGGGACCAAGUUCGUGGCGACCGGUUAGCUGAAUACGAGCAAGAAGCACGAGGUCGUCGACAUAAAGUUCCAGAUGCUGCACACCUCUUGGUGUUUGGCAUCGCCGGGGUAUACCGGCGAGUCCUUUGUCGGAAUCAAGAGAUACUCGAUCUCCAGGAGAAUAUUAUCAGUUUCAUCGACACGUCGAACCUGCGGACCAAGGGCGACAAAUGCUCCGACACGGACAGGGAGGUCGCGCGGUUCCUGGAAUCCGCGAUCGCGACGAGCACGGCGCAGAUACGGGGGGAAACGUCGCAGACGCGCUCCGGCUCAGCAGUAGGCGGCGCAGCGUGGGCGAUGUCGCCAGCGGACCGGCAAAUGCCAUGA